AGCAAGCACCUUCGAAACUUGAUCGUUACCUUGUAGCAGUAGCCACCGUCAGUCAAACGUCAUAGAUUUCUAAAAAUUUCAAAACAUUUUUGGAAGAAUCAUUAAAUUGCAGUUCUAAUAAACAAAAAAACUAAGGCAACUUCAAAAAACACAACACAUUCAUUUUUCUAAAUGCAUACUUUUAUUUUAGCUAUUUUUUCUAAUUAAAACAUCAAUUGGAAUUUGUGUAAUGAAAAUGUAAGAUGGACAUAGUUUCUACAACGUUUCGUUACAAAGUUUUGCCAAUAGUUUCCAGAUUAUUAAUAGCACGUAGAACUUAUGCCAGGUUAGCUGAAGUAGGUAGAUUGGAAACACCAAAAGUAUCUGGAAAAUAUGAAACUGGUCAGUUGAUUUUACACCGAGUUUUUGGUUAUAGAGGCGUUGUUCUCUUUCCCUGGUUAGCUAGAGUUUAUGAUAGAGAUUUACCUAAUCGACGUGAAGCCGACGACGAUGCUUCACAGAGCGUUGGCAAAGAAGUAAGAGGAAGAACUCACACGUUUUAUCAAGUUUUAAUUGAUCAGCGAGAUUGUCCAUAUAUUAGAGCUCAAACAGAAGCAGUAACAUUCUUAGGAAAUCAAGAUUCUUCCAGAAGUCUAUAUGCUAUUCCAGGUCUAGAUUAUGUUGCUCACGAAGAUAUUAUUCCGUACGUUAGUGCAGAAAAGUCACCUUUAAACCAUGAACUAUUUGACAAAUUUUUGGCUGUGAAUCCCAAAGGAGACCCGCCUUUCUUAGCUCAAGACACACUGAAAGCUUGGCAAAACAAAAACCAUCCUUGGCUAGAACUAUCAGAUGUACAUAAAGAAACUACUGAAAAUAUUAGGGUGACAGUUAUACCAUUUUAUAUGGGCUGUAGAGAUUCACAUGCAAGUUCCGUUUAUUGGUGGAGAUAUUGCAUAAGAUUGGAAAACUUGGGUUCACUUAGUGUUCAACUGAGAGAGAGACAUUGGAGAAUAUUUUCUUUAUCUGGUACUUUAGAGACUGUAAGAGGUCGAGGUGUAGUAGGACAAGAACCAAUUUUAACAAGGACUCUUCCAGCUUUUCAAUAUAGUAGUCACGUGAGUUUGCAAGCUCCUAGUGGUCACAUGUGGGGUACAUUUAGAAUGGAACGUGAAGAUGGAUAUACUUUCGACUGUAGAAUACCACCUUUUUCAUUAGAAAGUAAACCUGAAGGUGGCUCUGCAUCUCCUCCAGAUUCCACUUAAAUACUUACCUUGUAUAUUAAAUUGGAAAGAUGUAUAUAUUGUAUUGAUAUUUAACAAAGAAAGAAGUUCAAAAUGACAAA